AUUAGGCAUGACUUCUGAUUGACAUCUUAUCCCACCCAGGUAAUUUACCUUCCCCUCGGUACUUACCAAAAGAAAUUUUCUUCGAUCGAAAACAUUCUGGGUGCAUGCUGUGUAUAUUAUGGUUAUGGACCCUGGCAAAUCGUCUUUAGGCACCUCUUGGAAGCUUUAAAUGACCGUUCAGAAAGCUGAUACAAUGUCUCUCUCGCCCCUGCCCACGCCAUCAAACCGAACAUGAAUAAUGUAUCAAACACCACUGGUCGGAAACAACCCCAGUGUUAUAACAGUCAGCUCAAGCCCUGUUACCAUGGGGGAACAUUGCGAUACACCAGUCCCUCUAGCGGAAAAUGCAAGCGCCUCAUUGUGCAGUGCGUAAAUCCCAACUCAACAAGUGAUUGGAACGAGCGCGACAUUCGAUCGAACGCGCCACUAUCUACUCGGCUUGCUGGUUGGCUGACCAGGAUGAUGUUCAACCCAUCCAGCGAAUCAUUUUUGUGGCUAUUCGUCUGGCCCCUUUAUAUUAUCGCACUGUUGAUUCCAUCUAGCGAUCAUGCGUUCGCCAUCCAUUACAAGCCAUAUUUGAUGCGGUUUGUCGGCCAACUGUGGGCUGCACGCUCACCAAGGGAAUACUCUCUACGUGUAGGAGCAGGUGAAGAUGAUGAACGCGUGCGGCGUGUCACCCACGCCCUCUACCCCCGAUUCCUUAUUGUUUUUAACAAAGACAGAAGAGUAUGGACAAGAGUCGAUGCUGAGGCAGUAGUAUGGCGAACACCAUAUGUCGCUGUCACCUAUUCCUACGCCGACGUGAUGAAUUCCGGAAGUAUGGAGGAGCUCAUAAAUCGGGUGCGGCAUGCUACCUUGGAUCAAGGGUUUGAUGCGUACUGGCUAGAUCACGAGUGCUUACUCGAUGGUCCCACGGGAAAGGCCCAAGACCUGUAUCGCAUGUCGGACGUCUACCGACUCGCCUCCUUCACACUCAUCAUGCUCUUCCACGAGAACGCUUGGCCCAUUUGGGGCAGUCGCGUUUGGACUCUUCCUGAAGCUCUCCUUAGUCGCGAGCUGCGAUACAAGGCUGGAAACAACGCAGUCACUCCCAUCAAUCUCAUUCAAAUCGCCUCUUUAGCUUACCGCCAUCAAGAUAAAGAAUCCCAGAUUAUCAACUCUUAUGGCCUCGGGAAGGAUCCACUCGAGAGGUUGGAGCGCAAUCUUCAACUCAAAGAAGCAAUAUGGCGCCGAGAUAGCUAUUCCUCUGAAAUUACGAGUCAGGACGAAAAGUCUGAGGAAAGAUAUCACGCAGAAAAGGUGUAUGCGCUCAUGGGAUUUUUCGAGCAUCGCAUUCUUCCGGAUGCUAAGGAGACAGAGCUACAAGCGCUUGCGCGCUUGUUCAUGGCGAACGACAACGAUCGCAUUGCUGAUCGCAUGAUCUCAAUGUUUCCCAAAGAUCGAAAAGGUAUAAAUCAAUGGUACACCAACGACGACGAAUAUGGUGCCAAACUUUGGGACAUCGAGCCUUCUGUACAGGUCAUCGGCAUUACAAUCAAUGGUUCUCUUGUGUUAGAUGGCUGCCGGGCGGCAGCAAUUAGGUGGAAGAAUUUUCCAUCCGUCGCUUAUGCUACAAGGCGUUCUAUUCGACGUCUUCUAGUACUUACAGUGCCAUACGUGGCCUUGAUCUUCCUCAUACUGAGUUGUGUCAUGAUCUCCACCGGGAAUCAGAGCACCUAUACUAGCGCAUAUGGCUAUGGAGGUUCCUCAACCUCACCUCAAGUCGCAGGCGGCGGCGUUUUGCUUGCUUUCUCGCUUAUUUUUCUAAUACUUGCGCCAGUAUUCACAAGUUAUGCGCACUCUGGACGCAUUGUCCUCGCUCGUCCGUGGCUAGUUGGAGUCAAAGGAGUCCUCUCUGCCCAGGAAGUCUCUGACCACUUGUAUGGGCGUCAGAUCUGGAAUUCUCGUCGCACCCUUUACACUCCUUCAGGUUCGCAUUUGGCGAGACCAAGAAAAAGUGAUUCCAAUUUCCGCGAAGGCCACGUUUCGCAGUACGAGGCAGCCCUCGCAGCCCCGGCAUUUGACCCUAUUGAAGGUCACAUGUUCACCCUCGUCGACACCAUCUCGGGCACGAUCUACUAUUUCCGUGCACACAGGCCGCCCACGGUUUGUCUUUUUACUGGAUCAGAGGGCGGACAAGGGAGGUUUGUCCUGGCUAGUGAGGAAUGCAGCAGUAACGAGCUGCGACGCGAGACGGUGCUCCGCAUGCCGACUUUCAUCUCUGCUUACAUGCACUCUUGUGAUUGGGUGGCUUUGGGUGGCAAGCCUUGAGAUAUAUUUACUUCCGCGUCAAACAAAUGUACAUGGUACUUGGCACCGUGGUGAGCGACGU